GGGGUUGGUCGGCGGUGCGCGAGAGCUUAUUCGUCGUGUUCGCGUCGUCAUCGAGUGCUCCUGCAACCUGAGUCACAGGGGUGUCGGAAAGGGAAGCCGCUAUAGACUUUCCGAGUGAUCCUAGCCGAGUUGGCCCGGCAGAACAAUAUCGAAUGGCGCUCUGUUUGGACAUUGAGAGACUUUCUUGAGCUUUUGGUGUAUCUUCGACAAAUCUCGUUAUCAAAUGUGUUCGAUGGACUUGCGGACUUGAAAUCGAAGUGCUUCCAGAUUUCUGUUAUUGUCGCUCGGACAUUCCUACAAAGAGACUUUUACUCCCGAUAAGAUGUUGAGCAACCUUGCAUCGUACCUGAUGGGUGGAUCGACCACCGUACACUCAGCCAAUACUCAUGGCCCUUCGGAGAUCGCUCAGGGCGUGGUGCUCGCUCCGCAAGAGCUCCGGUGCACCGAAGACGAAGAUUGGUUGGUUGUGGAUCCUGAGUCGAGGCAACCGAAUUCCGUCAACCACGGCGGCUCUUCAAUGAGCUACGAGGCGAGCUCGGCCAUAACGAUAAACGAUUCGCGAGGCUGUCGGGAACUUCCCGACGAUUAUCUGGCGGAUGGCGGGGAUUCAGCCGAUAGUGAAAACUGCGUACCUUCAAGCGGGCUGGAGGAAAGUUGGUACGUGGCCCCCGCGGCAUGCAUAGCUCGCAGGAAGCCGCAGCAGUUGGCUACCUCGCCGCUUGAAAAUUUGCUCAUCGAACACCCAUCGAUGAGUGUGUAUCAUCACUCAAUAACGGAGGAGUCGGCUUCCUCGCCAACGCCGAUCUCGAUCAUCGAGGAAGAAGACGAUGAGGAUAUGAUGGAUUUAGAGAUGAAAAAGUCGCGCCAAUCGGUUUCUUCUGAGAAGCCGCAUAGAUGUUAUCUAACCAGAAGCAAAGAUCUCACAGCCACUGCCACGCCUACCGUGCCACAUUUGAAAAGCCAAAAGGUGUCCCUAGAGGCGGCCAUGCUCGGCGGCCGCGUGACGCAGAAACGAGACAGACAGUCGAACCGCUCUCAGCUCGACAGACUAAACAAGAACAGGACGUCUCCUGGACAGCAGAAGCUGCGUCGUAGUGACCGCCAGCAUUCGAGCAAGAACUCCAAUGCAAACAACAAUCGGAAGUGCAGCCAAAGAAUGUUCUAGACUCAGAGCCUCGCGAGCUCCGCGGGAUUUCGUCACUACCCCACGGAGGAGAUCAAGAAGCCCGGGGACGUCGAACGAUUUCUCUCUCGGGGCUUCUCUCACUUUUCGAGAGCGCUCGGUCCGCGCUGAAAUCGGAUGUCCUAGCGUGCAAGGAAAUCAAGUAUCUAGUUGAAUUUAAUCCGUAAGAAAUUGAAAAGUCGUACACGUAGCUCGAAGAGCCGCGCUUCCGUCCUUAUGAAGGGCGUCGCGACGGCAGCAGGGGAGGUGCGGAGGAUAAACUAUUAUACAGUUAUCUAGUGAUUUGAUAUUCAAUUGGUCGAGUGUCUAGAAUCGAGCGAUAAUAUUCUCGUUCAUAAUCUUGAAGUUUCGCGAAAUAAGGAGAGAGGAACAAUGAUACAGAGGAGAAACGGGCUUUCCCACUUAUCAGAACAUGCGUCUCGUAUAUAUUGGCAGCGAGUUUGGAGAUCAUUGAGACCAAGUUUGUUAUGAAUCCA